UCCUGGUUGUCGAUUUUGGAGCCGUCGCAUUCCUGGCCCGCCGCAUCAGUCGAUCAUCAAUACCGCCGAGUGACGGCAUAGCUAGCCCUUAGCUUACUUACGAGCACCUCUCUGUUGGCGAUAGCUUCCCCCCAUACCGCACCAUCGUGAGCCUCACUCACGGGAGUCCGAGCCAAGAAUACACUCAAGGGACGACGGCAUCACCUUUCUAGCCUCACCCGGCAAACCCUGCCUCCCACCCACCCGCCCGCUCGCCCGCAUGCUCCUCGGCGCUUCAUGUAAACGCACGAUAUCGGCCCGUUGGAACCUCACACGGGAGCCCCAUGGGGAAGUCCGCGCAGGAGACGUCGCCGAGGCAGGCCUCUCUUGCAUGGGAGCUGCUGCUGGACCGCCAUUGUUCCUCACGGCUGUAUGCGCCCCGCAUGCUGGCUGUUUCCUAAUCUUAUAUAUAAAAGACACACCAUGGAGGUGCUCGACCAGGACUUCCCCGGCCUGUCCGUCAACGACACGGCGUCUCUCGUGAAGCCCAUCAUGCACUUCCUCUCCGCCGCCCUGCUCUUCGGCUCCGUCGCCGCCCAGACCGUCCUCGGAGGACGCGUCGGCGCCGCCAACAGACGGCCCCUUUUGCUGAAGCGCUCCGUCGACUCCUUCAUCGCCGCGGAGACCCCCAUCGCCCUGGAGCAGCUGCUCUGCAACAUCGGGCCCGACGGCUGCAACGCCCGGGGGGUCGCCUCUGGUGCCGUCAUUGCCUCUCCCAGCAUGCAGGACCCCGACUGUAAAACGCUGCCCCCCCAUCCAUCCAUGUCCUCUCACCUUGCGGCACAGCAGAGCCGCGUCUCCCCUUCCAAGAUAAGACGUCGGGCCAGAGCUGACGUUACCCAUGCACUAGACUUUUACACAUGGACCCGGGACAGCGCCCUGGUGUUCAAGGCCAUCGUCGACAGGUUCACCACCGCGUACGAUGCCGGUCUGCAGCGUCGCAUCCAAGAGUACAUCGCCUCCCAGGCGAAGCUCCAGGGCAUCUCGGACCCCUCGGGGCCGCUGUCUGACGGCCAAGGGCUCGGGGAGCCCAAGUAUAACGCGGACCUGACUGCCUUUACGGGUUCAUGGGGUCGGCCUCAGCGGGACGGCCCAGCCCUGCGAGCUGUCGCCAUGAUCACGUACGCCAACUGGCUCGUGCAAAACGGCUACUCCUCCACGGCGGCUACGGUCGUCUGGCCGGUCGUCCAGAACGACCUCAACUACGUUGCGCAGUAUUGGAACCAUACUGGCUUCGACUUGUGGGAGGAAGUCAACGGCAGCUCAUUCUUCACCGUCGCCAACCAGUACAGAGCACUCGUCGAUGGCAGCAAGCUAGCAGCCACCCUCGGACAGCCCGCCGCGUCGUACGCCGCGGUCGCGCCACAGAUUCUGUGCUUCCUCCAGACCUUCUGGGACUCAUCUGGCGGCUACGCCCGGGCAAACAUCAACGUCAACAACGGACGCACCGGCAAGGACGCCAACACCAUCCUGGCGUCCAUCCACGCCUUCGACCCGAAGCUGGGCUGCGACGCCGCCACCUUCCAGCCCUGCAGCGACAGGGCCCUCGCCAACCACAAGGCCACCGUCGACUCCUUCCGGGCGCACUACAAGAUCAACGCCAUCAGCAAGGGGGGCAAGGCCGCCGCCGUGGGCCGCUACGUCGAGGACGUCUACUACAAUGGCAACCCGUGGUACCUCACCACCCUCGCCGCCGCCGAGCAGCUCUACGACGCCGUGUUCGUCUGGCGGAGCGCCGGCUCCGUCACCGUGACGGACACGUCGCUCGCCUUCUUCCAGGACCUGGACCUGGGCCCCCCCGGGGUGGCCAAGGGCACGUACUACGCGCGGGGCGCCUCCGCCGACGACGACAUCACCUUUGCCAGCAUCGUCGAGGCCGUGUCCGCCUACGCCGACGGCUUCGUCGACGUCGUCGCCACGUACGCCGCCGCCAACGGGUCGCUCGCCGAGCAGUUCUCCCGGGACGACGGCGGCCCCCUGUCCGCGCGCGACCUCACGUGGUCAUACGCCGCCUUCCUCACGGCCGCCGCUCGCCGAGCCGGCGUCCUGCCGCCGUCUUGGGCAGAUGACAAGGCCACGUCCGUUCCGGGCACGUGCUCCGCCACGUCGGUCGUGGGAUCCUACUCGAGUGCCACGGCCACGUCGUUUCCCCCGUCCCAGACACCCUCGACGGGCGUGCCACCCUCUUCCUCCACGUCGACCACAACGUCCUCAUGCCAGGUAGCCACGUCGGUCGCCGUGACGUUCAAGGAGCUUGCGACGACAAAGUACGGACAGACAAUCAAGAUUGUGGGCGACACCAGCGCCCUGGGCAACUGGGAUACUAGCAAGGCGGUGGCCCUCGAGGCUGCCGAGUACACGUCGGGUAACCCUCUGUGGAAGGGAUCCGUGACGCUCCCGGCCGGCCAGGUCGUCGAGUACAAGUAUAUCAACGUGAAUCCCGACGGCUCGGUAACCUGGGAGAAGGAUCCAAAUCACACCUACACGGUCCCAAAGUCCUGCGCCACGAGCGCCAUCCAGUCCGACAAGUGGCAGGCUUAG